UUUUUUUUUCCCCGUUUUUUAUGUGGCCGAAGCGCCCCCACUUCUCCAGCCUCCAGGCCUCAUUGGUUACUUGCAACUCACUUUAUGAUGCAAAGUUGAACACGGCUGUGGCUUUUGUAUUUCCAAGAGAGCCCGGGCCGUCGGCGUCGUUGUUUGCGCGAUCCUCAUCGACUGUGGUUUUUGCUUGGUGGCGGGGUUGGGGAGUGGCGGCCGUUUCGGGAGCAAAGCAAUGUCUGUCGGCGUUCUCGCUUUACAGGGGUCUUUCAACGAACACGUAGCAGCGCUUAGGAGGCUCGGCGUGAAAGGUGUGGAGAUAAGGAAGCCCGAACAGUUGCAGAGCGUGAGCUCCCUUAUCAUCCCUGGAGGUGAAAGCACUACCAUGGCCAAGCUCGCCGAGUAUCACAACCUGUUUCCUGCUCUCCGUGAGUUCGUUAAAAUGGGAAAGCCUGUCUGGGGGACUUGUGCAGGGCUUAUCUUCUUGGCAAACAAAGCUGCGGGCCAGAAAACUGGAGGGCAGGAACUAAUUGGGGGCCUCAACUGUACUGUUCAUCGCAACUUCUUUGGCAGCCAGAUUCAGAGUUUUGAGGCAGAGCUUCAAGUACCUGAGAUUGUUGUCAAAGAAGGGGGUCCUCCAACAUUUCGUGGGGUUUUCAUCCGUGCUCCUGCAAUCCUUGAAGUGGGACCAGAAGUUGAAGUGCUGGCUAAUAUUCCUGUCCCAUCUAACAAAACAGUUGAUCCAAAUCAUGCUCUUGAAAACCAAGAGGAAAAUACUGGUGAGAAAGUGAUUGUUGCUGUGAAGCAAGGGAAUUUGCUGGCAACUGCCUUCCAUCCCGAAUUGACUGCAGACACACGAUGGCACAGUUACUUUCUGAAGAUGAUGGGUGGCGAAGCUGGAGUAGGAACCUCUGCAGUUGGAGAAGAGCUUGGCUUGGAGGAAAGGCGCAGCACUGAUCUUCCCAUAUUUCAGUAGCAACAUUUGGUAAUGGGUACAACAAGAAUGCCUGAUGGAUAUUUCUAUCUCCUCUCUUUCAAUUAUCCUUAUAAUUUGGUUGCUUUGUUUGGGAAGAUGUUUGAUGGAACUUCUAGUUCUAGGGUCAGUUUAUGCUUCAAAUAGUUUAUUUUAUAGCGGCGGGCUGUGUUCGAAGCAGAUAAUUGUUCUGCUGUAUAUAUUGUAUUGGGCGUCACAUUAACUGGACACGCCUAAUAAUAUCUCACAAAUUACGUUUGUUUUGCAUGGUA